AUGCAUACUGUCAGCUCUAAGGAUAUCAAGACCACCACCAUUCUCGAGUCGAAGGUCGACUGGCUUCCCUGGAAAACUCAAACCAUCCUAUCUUUUGAAGCUCUGACUGAAGAUGAUAUCCAAAACUUGGAAGCAAAACUGAAUCGCAUCACGCAGGAACGGAACGAGCCGUACGCUACUCUCAUUAGUCGUCUCAACACGUCCUUGGUGAAAUUCAAGAAUGCCGGAGGUGUGAAAUCCGAUAGCAGUCUCUGCGCUACCUUACGUCAAGCUGUGCACGACGACAAUCAGACGGUGAAGAUCACGUUGGAAACACCAGCAAUGAUGGCUAUGUCGUACGAUGAUCCUAUUUCGUAUCUCACAGCAUUGGAUCCAGACGAAAAUGACCCAUCGACUAUCGUGCACGGAGCACAUUCAGCCAUUUCAUCAGAUAAUUGCGCAUUCGAGACUGCGGGCGGUGAUCGAAACGAUCGCAAACCUUACUACCGUCGCAUUGACAAAACCGGCCCACGUAACGAUACAAGAGGCUACAGAAAAUCGAACAACAAUGAUAAGUACAACAAACCCUACUCUGAUCGUGGCCGUAAUACACAAAAUGAUAGAGACAGCAGCAACGACCGCUAUCAACGCCGAUACCAUGACAACCGCGACGAUUACUAUCGACCGGAAUAUCAAGAAGAUAGAAACAGACAACGCAACUACGGAAACAACGACAGAUACUCACAUGACAACCAGCGCUCUCAAGACCGAGAUAGCACCUAUCGAUCUCAAGACAACCGACGCCAUACAAGGGACGGCAGAAAAGACAAAGCAAUGUCAGCGCAAUUCAAUGACUUUCCUCGUUCUGACAGACGAAUUGCGUUUUCGGCUAUAGACCCUACAGUUGACAAUAAGGAUGUGAACGAUCGACCAAAUAGGGAUCCUGAACGUGAAUACUGA